UCCGAUUGAUCUUUCAUGCCUUCUCUGUUCACUAUCUUUCCCUUCUCCCUUCAUCCUCACUUCACUCCUUAACCAAACUUCACCUAUUUAUAUAACCAUUACUCUCUCAUUCUAACCCAAAAACCAAUGGCUUUUCUUCACACUCUUCCUUCCACUCUACUCCUCUUCUUCUUCUUCUUCUUCAUCUUCAUUUCAUUUUCAACCAUUAAUGCUCAACCAUCUCCAUCUUACUAUCCAAGCAAAAUUUUCAAACCUCUAGCAUUCCACUAUGGCUUCCAAAACCUUUGGGGAGCUCAACACCAACAUGUUCACCAUGGCCAAGUCAGCAUCUGGCUUGACAGAAACUCUGGCAGUGGUUUCAAGUCCACUAGGCCUUUCAGGAAUGGUUACUUUGGUGCUUCCAUCAAGCUCCAACCUGGUUACACUGCUGGAGUUAUCACUGCUUUCUAUCUUUCUAAUAAUCAAGCACAUCCUGGGUUUCAUGAUGAAGUGGAUAUUGAGUUCUUGGGAACAACUCCAGGGAAUCCAUACACUUUGCAGACUAAUGUUUAUGUGAGAGGUAGUGGUGAUGGCAGAGUUAUUGGUAGAGAGAUGAAGUUUCACUUGUGGUUUGAUCCCACUUCUGCUUUUCACCAUUAUGCUAUCAUUUGGAAUCCUGAUGAAAUCAUAUUUUUGGUUGAUGAUGUGCCGAUACGGAGAUACCAAAAGAAAAGUGCUGCAACAUUUCCGAUAAGACCAAUGUGGGUGUAUGGGUCGAUAUGGGAUGCGUCUUCAUGGGCAACAGAUGAUGGGAGGUAUCCUGCAGAUUACCGUUAUGAGCCGUUUAUUGCGAGAUAUACCAACUUUAUUAUUGUGGGUUGUUCAGCCUAUGCUUCUCUGCGUUGCCGUCCUGUUCGGUCUUCAGUUUAUGGCCGUGGUCUUGGUCCGAGCCAGAGCAUAGCCAUGAGAUGGGCUCAGAGGAAUUUUUUGGUGUAUGACUAUUGCAAGGAUUUUAAGAGGGAUCAUUCCCUUACUCCUGAGUGCAAUUGGCCUUGAUUAUUAUUAUUAUUAUUUUUUUAAUAGUAUUUGUAUGUCAUAAUAUAUUAAUAUAUUUUGUUAUUGGUUAUUAAACGAAGCAUGUGAGAAGGGACGUUGUUUUUCGAAU